AUGAUUAAAUUAUUAUUAUCGUUUCUAAUAUUACUUAUACCUGUAUUAUAUGGUAAUGAAGAUGCAAAACGAUUAUAUGAUGAUUUAUUGGUAAAUUACAAUAAACAUCGUCGACCAGCACCAGAACCAAAUAAACCGAUUAAUAUCAAGCUUAAAUUACGACUUUCACAAAUUAUUGAUGUUCAUGAAAUUGAUCAAAUUAUGACGUGUAGUGUUUGGUUAAAACAAGUAUGGAUCGAUAAAAAAUUAUCAUGGAAUCCAGAAAUUUAUGGUGGAGUUAGCGUACUUUAUGUACCAUAUGAAAUGAUUUGGGUACCUGAUAUUGUUUUAUAUAAUAAUGCUGAUAGUAGUUAUAAUAUAACAAUUAGUACAAAGGCAACUUUACGAUAUGAUGGUCAAGUAACCUGGGAACCACCGGCUAUUUUUAAAACAUUAUGUCAAAUUGAUGUCCGAUGGUUUCCAUUUGAUGAACAACAAUGUUUUUUUAAGUUUGGUUCAUGGACAUACUCUGAGAAUUUAUUAAAUUUGGAACUUUUGGAUGGUGAAGAACGCUAUGAAAUGGAAAUGAAUGAAAAUGGUGAAUUGGAUAAUAUUACAAUUAUUGAAAAAGGAAUUGAUCUUUCCGAUUACUAUCCAUCAGUGGAAUGGGAUAUAAUGUCAAGAGUUGCAAAACGACGUAAGAAAAAUUAUCCAACAUGUUGCGCAGAUGAAAAAUACAUUGAUAUUAUGUUUUACUUGGAAUUACGUCGUAAACCGUUAUUUUAUACAGUAAAUUUGGUAUUUCCAUGUAUUGGUAUAUCAUUUCUAACAAUUGUCGCCUUUUAUUUACCAUCACGAAGUGGUGAAAAAAUUACAUUAUGCAUUUUAACAUUGGUCGCAUUAACUGUUUUCUAUCUGUUAUUG